CUCUGCAUAUUCGUUCUUUCUCUUUUCGCUAGAAAAUUCAGUGCUGUGGUUUUUUAGUUUGUUUUACUUCUUGAUUGGAUUGAGAUUAUUUUAGUUUUGGGGUUAACAUAACAUUCAUUUGAUAUUGUGCAUACUGUUAUUGUUCAACUGAGAUUACAAUUUUAUAUGUUUUUGUUUGCAUGCGAGAUUUGGUUGUGCCAUCGGUUUACAGAGUGUUAGUAACCAUGGAAUGUUCUCUCUGAUUUUCUCCCGAAAGAGAUUUGUGUUAAACCAAUGUGUAGUUGUUGCUAGGAAAACAAACUUGUGUUCAAAGUUGGAAGUAAAACUUAUUGUUUGGCCUUUAACUUUGAUUGUCAGUGAAGAAUCUUGUGUGGAAUGAUCAAGGACGGAUUGAACCUGUAAAAUCACUUUCUUAUUAGUUAAUAAUACCUCUGGGUCUUAUCUUUCUUUAAAUUCGAUCUUUUCGCUCUUCAUUCUUUUCGGUAUUCAGUUUUCUAAGUUUUCUCUGUUUACUGCGAAGAUGCGUAGUUACUCAAGUUAAUUUGAGGGGAGAUUCAGUUUUAUAAGUGUGUAAAUGAGAGAAGUGUUGGGAAUACACAUUUAUUAGAAGUAAGAAAGUUGAUUACGAAUACACAUUUGGGUUGGAGGCAUCAUCACUCCGUUUUGUGGGCAGAAAAUGGGUUUCUGGACUUUUUUAGAAGGCGUUUUGCUCUUUGCAAAUGCAUUGGCAAUUUUGAAUGAGGAGCGGUUCCUUGCUCCAAGAGGAUGGACUUUGGCAGAAAUGACAGGGCCUAGGAGGAGUUCUCUUAAAGGGCAAAUAGUAGGACUCAUAUAUGCUUGUCAAUUCUUGAGACUUCCUCUAAUUCUCUUCAACGCUAUCUUUAUAAUUGUGAAGCUGGUCUCUGGAUAACAUAAUAGAGUGGCAUUGAAGCUCUGUGCAUGAUAUGUACAUUUUGUGUUCUGUUAACAUUUGCAAUCGUAUAAGUUCAAUUCUGAUGUAUAAUGAACAGAGUAAAUCAGUUGUAUCAGUUAAGUAUUGAAUCUGUCUUGAUUAUCAUUCUCAAUUCCCUUUGAAA